AUGGUUAAUAAGCCUUUGCGUACGUGUAGUAACAGUUCAUGUUGUCCUCAUGAACAUAAGAGACAUUAUGUAAACUCUCCACUUUUGAAAACUCAAAAAGGAAUUCGUAAGACAGGAAAGACGACCAUCAGCAUGACGACCAGACCACGUGGUCGUAGAGGCUUCUCUUCCCAGGAUCAUGAUUGUUGGGAACGAGGCUUCUUUCAUGACGCACGAGAAGGUCAUUCCCAACAGCAACACCUCAUUGAUGAACAUCAUGAUGAAAAUUCCAACACGAGUACAGAGUUUAUUGAAACGUCGAAUGAUUGGAAUGCACCACCUUCCAAUGUUCCACCACUCAAUUCUCCAUCGAGUCCAAUGACUUCCCUUCCUUCCUUUACUUUAAUGCCUUCAACAUCGAACUCUCAACUUUUGAAUCAUCAAAACCAUAGUACAUUGACUCAACCCACUGAUAGUAGUACCACAAUUACAACAACAACUACUACUACCACUCCUAAUACUUUACACCCAUCCAUCAUGGUACAUCCUUCUCAAGUUGAAAAUUUCUUGAUUGGAAAACAAAUGCUUAAAGUUCCUCAAGAAUUCCAAAUUCAAUUCGUUCAAAACUUAAAUCAAGAUAUGGAUUUUAAAGAACUCAUUCAAGGAGCAACGUAUUUGUCAGAGUAUUUCAUGGUCAUUCCCUAUGAUCUACCUUUUCAAAGAAAUGAUGCAAAUCUAGGAAUUCUUCAUCCAUCAACUACUACAACAACCCUUCGACCCCAAGAAUCCAAUUCUUAUACCAAUGUUUCCAACCAACCGCAGAAUUUACCAUCCUUAAGAAGUUAUUUAUUGUUAAAAGUUAUGAACGCUACCAAAGAUAUUGUCGUGACCUUGUUGAUUUAA